AUGCAGAAGACACUGGGCACAGCUUCUGGGGAUGACGGUCCUGCACGGUUCCGCGGCGCUGGGGUGGCGAUCAACCGGGCUUUCGAAAGCCGCAUGAAGCAGCUGCAGAUUACCGGACAGCGCGUUGCACAGGUGAAGCCGCCAAAUCCGAACGCCCUGAAGAAUCGGCCAUCGCUGUUGCUGGACGAAGCGGAGAUUCCACACCCAACCGCGGAUCAGGUAGUGGUCAUACAGCCAUGGUUCAAUCUGCUGGCAGCCGCGGUUUGGCGAGAUGACCGGGAUGUCUCCAUGCAAGACUCCAUAGACGAGGUUAACUGGAGCCACUCGCGCAUAAGCCACGAGCUCUCAGCUGUACGUACACCCAGGACCAUAAGCCGCUGUCUGCCGCGGUCUCCUUGCGACAGUCGUUUGGACAGCGCCAGCACAGACACACGGCCUCCGAGUUCCCAGGUGCCACUGCUGCCCCGGCCAAGACGGCCGGAAAGCGUGGAAGGAACAGACGCGGCUGUGCCUGCUGCCUCCGUCGCCUCGGUGUGGCCCGCUGGGUCGGCUCGCUGGCGCCGCCUGGAGCUCCUCAAACCUCAGACGAGCCCCGGCCGAGCCCGAUCGAGCGCAGAACAACCGCGAGAGCCACGGCAAGAAAAGCCACGGGGCAGCGACGCCUUCCUCGGGCCCCUCGAUUUCGAGUCCGACGGCGAGUACGAGCUAUACGAGCCUCCCAGAUCUCAGCCGCGGUCUCCGGCAGCGAGGGGAGCGAGGCGCUGCUGGUGGCAGCUGUGA